CAUAUUCAGUCUGUCACCUAUAGACACUCUGGGUGUUUUUGUUUUUGCAUGUAAAUAUGCUUCAGGGUUGCGCUGCUGUACCACAGCAUAUAAGUGUGACGCGGUUUUUAUAUCGGUCGUGUACUCCGCGUCAUGAUAUGGGGACAGUAAAGUUUUCUUGUGAAUCAUUUUUGUUAUUGUUUUGUUUUGUUUUCGUUUGUUUUUUGCGUUAUAUGUGUUUUGCGAAGCGACGGAAUGCACACAAUUGUCCUUCGGUGGAUUAGUAGAGGAGCUAUACAGUACAUCUCAAGUUUCCGUGCUCCAGAGUGGACCGUGAAGGUAUCAUUUUGUUCAGACAAUACUGAACAAAAUAUUAGUUACAAUACUGAUAGUAACUGAAUUUUAUAUAUUUGCAGUACUGUAUAUAAUGGUUUGAUUUUUUUUUUAGGUAAGCUGCGUUGAAUUAGAAAAAAAGAUUUAACAUUCCAACACACAUUGAUAAAAGGGAAAUAAAAGGAUGGGGUAAAUUAUACAAAAACUUAAAGUUUGUUGUCUUUUUUAUGUCCACACCAAGAGUGGGUGAAAAAAACAAAACUUUACUGUCCAUAAACCUUGAAGAAUUUCUACCACAAACAGUUAAUUUGUUUCAUUAUUGACCUCCUGUUGUGUAACUGGAACAAAGGUUUCUUUCAGCUGACCACUGUCUGAGACCUGUGAACCCACCAUCAGCCCACAAACACUACAGUUUCACUGUGGUUCUGCAGGCUCCAUGAUGAAGAAAAAGCUGCUGUUAGAUGUGGACUGUGGAGUCGAUGACGCUCAGGCCAUCAUGGUGGCGCUGGCAGCUCCUAAUGUGGAGCUCCUGGGAAUCACCUGUGUGAGCGGCAACACCUCAGUGGAGAACGUGUGUAAGAACACACUGCGUGUGCUGCAGGUCUGUGGUAAACUGGAGAUUCCUGUAUUUAAAGGCGCAGCAAAGGCAAUCCUAGGGGAAGUCCUCAAUGCUGCAGCUUUUCACGGUCAGGACGGACUAGGGGACGCCCCUGACCCAAAUGCUCCUGGUCUAGAUCUGAUUCAAACAGAAGGAGCCGUGUCAGCCAUGAUAAGGAUCGUCAAUGAAAACCCAGGAGAGGUUUCUCUGGUUGCCACAGCUCCUCUGACAAACGUGGCCUUAGCCGUGAAGAUGGACCCUUCUCUGCCAAGUAAACUCAAAGGUCUCUACAUCAUGGGAGGAAACACAGAGUCUCGAGGAAAUGUAACAAUGUGCAGUGAGUUUAAUUUCAUUGCUGAUCCAGAGGCUGCUCAUAUUGUUCUGAAUGAGUACCAGUGUCCCACCUAUCUGGCAUGCUGGGAGUUUACAUGCUACAACAAGCUGUCCUGGGAGUUCUGCGACGCCUGGUUGGCACAGGACACAGAUAAAGCUCGCUUCAUGGCACAGAUAUUCCGUCACAGCAUCAACGCCUCAAAAAAUGAGUACGGGGAGAAGGUGUUUCCGACCGGCUCUGGUUUUGUUCCGUGUGACGUUUACGCCAUGGCUGCUGCCAUAGACGACUCGUUCAUCUUAGAAAGUGACCAGUACCCAGUGACCGUAGAGCUGAGCGGAACCUUCACCAGGGGCAUGAUGGUAGUGGAUACAACAGGCGGCUUGAACAAGACUUUCACAGCUUCUAUUAUGAAGAAGGUGGACUUGAAGAUGUUCCAGCAGAUGUUGAUGGCUGCUUUGAAAUAAACUACUUUUUUACUUACAAAUGAACACUCUUUUUAGGCAAACAAAAUAGAUUUUUGUAAUUGAUUAUUAAACUCUUAGUAAUGAUACAA